CCAGCCAGAUAUCAACACAUUAUAAAUUGUGAGCAAACUUAGUUGCCAAGUUAACUUUAUAGUAUUGAGAAAUUGCAGGAAUAUAUUAGAAAACGAAAUCUAGAGAAGAUUAAUUUUCGAUUGAAUGCAUCGAAGCCACUGCAUGCCGAUAGCAAUGAGUUUAACUGUUUGGAUAUACUUUUUACUUACGAUGUAUAAUUACUUUAAUAUCAUUACUGCACUUGAUUCAGCACAUGAAACCGCUAUUCCAACCAAAAUCAGCAAAAUUGAUACAUAUGGACAGGAAAGUAGUUUCCAUGAAGAGACGAAUACAAAACCGCGUGAAAUUCAAAGGGCAAUUUGUACGGUGAAAACUGGUGAAGUUGAAGCCAAGGCGGAAGCAGUUACUUCAAAUACCUUAAAGGGCGUUUGCGAGUCAACGAAAAUGGAUUUGGCUUUUAAAAAUUUGGAAGUACAAUUAAAAAAGGAACUUCAAGAAAUAAAAUCUCUUAUAUUACAAAUUUUUUCCACCUCAAAAAGAGUGCUGAAAAUUAACGAUGUAUUUGAUAAAGAGUCCAAUAAUGUUGAAGCAACAACUACAAAAAUGCAUGUUACUGAAGAGAAAGAGGAAAAGAAAUUGCCGAUUGUUGAUAAACAAAAAGUUUUUUUAAGGGAAGAAGAAAUUUCCAAAUUAAACAACACAAUUGUAGCAGAUAAAGAUUUUAAAGUUUUUACUUAUUAUUGGAGAGUUGAUAACUUUACCAAUCAAAUUGAAUCGGAUGGUUCAACUCUCGAAAGCCCUAUAUUUUCAAUUAAAGGCAAACCAAUGCAUAUUAAAGCAAUUUUUAAGCAUUUGCGUCGAGAUUUUUUGUAUAUACAGUUGGAAUAUACAAAACUUAAAACUAAGAUUCAUAACAACAUAAUUCUCGACACAGAUGGUCUCUUUAAAAAAAUUAAUUAUACAAAGGAUUUAUUUAGACAUAAAAUUUCAAUUAUUGAUCAAACCAAUAACCACAAUAAGGAUUUAGUGUCCCAAGAGUUUACUAAUUUGGAAGCUGGAUUUCUCAUACCACAUAGUGCACUUCUCCAAAAUUCCUAUACAAAAAAAGAUUCUAUUCUUAUACAGAUCACUUUAUAUUUAUAAUUAAAAAUCAAUAAAAGUUUAUU